AUCCGAAUCUGAAAUCUGAAUAUAUUUAGAUGCCAAAGUCAGAGAAAGAGAAGGGUUUUUGUUGGGAAUAAGGCAGAUCUUCUCAAAAACAGUAUGUUGUUUUGAUUUGUUGUCUCAGACUUUGGCAGCAAGCAGGUGUUGAUGUUUGUGAAUUUUGGAUUUUCUCAACUUCAUUACUCUUGUUCUUGCUAUCAAAGACACAAACUUUAUUUUUUUUCUUCACUAGGGUUAUUCUCCCUUGGAUCUCUCUUCUUUUCUAGGUCAAAAGAACAUUGAAUAAGGCAAGGAUUGGAGUUGGAGGGACAGAAAGAUCAUCCACUAGGGGACCAUUUAGGAUUUGGCCAUGUUUCUGCCGUCUUAUACCAACCUUUUGCAUUGUAAAAUUAGCCACAAAGUUGUCAAAACUAACACCGCAAAUUUUCAGCAACUUAUAAGCUAUCACAGGCACUAGUUAAUUGAAGGGGAGGAACCAUGAAAAAACCCAAAAUAAAACUUGUGCUGUACGGAAGGUUUUGACAACUUUGUGGCUAAUUUUACAAUGCAAAAGGUUGGUAUAAGACGGCAGAAACAUGGCCAAAUCCUAAAUGGUCCCCUAGUGGAUGAUCUUUCUGUCCCUCCAACUCCAAUCCUUGCCUUAUUCAAUGUUCUUUUGACCUAGAAAAGAAGAGAGAUCCAAGGGAGAAUAACCCUAGUGAAGAAAAAAAAUAAAGUUUGUGUCUUUGAUAGCAAGAACAAGAGUAAUGAAGUUGAGAAAAUCCAAAAUUCACAAACAUCAACACCUGCUUGCUGCCAAAGUCUGAGACAACAAAUCAAAACAACAUACUGUUUUUGAGAAGAUCUGCCUUAUUCCCAACAAAAACCCUUCUCUUUCUCUGACUUUGGCAUCUAAAUAUAUUCAGAUUUCAGAU